AUGAAGAAAUCGCUGGUUUUCCAACCUCUCCUUCUCAUCAUCCUCGUGACAUCAACAGUUUCCGCCCAAACCUGCUACUUCGUCAAUGGAAACGUCGCGAAAGACGACGUCCCCUGCAACACCACCGCGCCCAUCUCAACCUGCUGCAGCAAAAACGACAUCUGUCUGUCCAACGGUCUCUGCUAUCUGCAGGGUAGUGACGGCCCUUCAUUCUCAAGAGGGAGUUGUACGAAUAAAAACUGGUCGGGAGUUUGUGCUAGUGCGAAGCCGUGUGAAAACCAUACCCCUGGAACCGGGCAUAGGGUGGUAAAUGCGCUCGAAAACCAGUACUGCUGCGGGAGUGUCACCAGCAUCGAUAGCAGCAAUAUCAACUGCGCUCAGGAUCGGGCGUUUUACGUCUCUCCUGGAACUGUGAUCCCCGGUGUUGCAGCGUUGAACGCAUCGGAUACCGGUAAUGGCGUCGACAAUAGCACCGACGGUGAUAACGGCGGAUCCUCGUCGGACGAUAAAUCAACCCGCCUCGCAAUCGGUCUCGGUCUCGGUAUCCCGCUUGGUAUUAUUGCCGGUUCCGCGAUAAUCUGGGGCGCUUGGGAGAGGAAACAACGCGCUGUUUCGGCGAAGGAGCUGCGGGACUUGAAAGCGGGCGCUGCUGCCGCCGCUGCUGGCGGGGCGGGGAUGGCUAUGGGCGGAGUGGCUCCGAAUCAAUAUGGAUAUGGAUAUGGUGUUGCGCCGGCACAGGUGCCGCAAGCACAGUUUAUGCAGCCGGUGGAGUUGGAGCAUACUAGUUCUUUUCCGACGGAGUUGGAUUCGAGGACCGCGGCGAGGGAUCAUAAGCAUACUUGA